AUGGACACUGGUGACUACGAAACUAAUGCAUUAGUAAUUAAUAACAUAUCGUCUGUCGCUUUUGCCUUCUAUGAACCUGUUCCUCCGACCUCGACGAGUCUCGGAUCCAGUGCGACCGAGAUCGAGAAUGUUUUACGAAAAGAUGGACACCUUACUUAUGUUGAUCAUGCCCGGCACGGCUUGUGGUGUUUUCGGUUGUUGCAAAAGGGCAAGAUCCAGGGGCAUCAACCACCCACGCAAGGCUUUGCGAGGACGGCGGAGGGCGGUGGUCACACUAUGUGCUUGAAUGAGGAGGGCGCCUUCGAGCCAGCUGCGCUUGUCAAGAACAGACCGCAUGGCCUAGGUGGCGCAAAUACACCAAGCAGCUCGUCCUCCAGUGCUUCGUCUGCUCUCGACCCGGCCUUCAAGAGUGCCCAAUCGGCUUUCGCCCCGUCAUUCCCCCAUGCAGCCGCAGACCAAGAAUCGAAGGCAUGCGCGCCGACAGACUUAAGGCCGAGUCCUACGGCAUCCAUCAAAGACGUCCACGAGUGUCUUGUCUUGGCUGCCUUCUCAACAAUAUUUGCAGUCUUCUGCGCGAGAACUGGCGCCGUGCCCUUAAGUUCUCGUACGCUGCUCCUAACUCGGCCUACGCAGACUGAAUGCAGCGCUUUCCCAGCCGUCCUUGCUUCCCUUCGCGUCUACCUCACGACAACGGGAAGUCUAGUUGUUACCUUGAGUCAUUCGUAUGCUGAGAAUCUGGUGAACUUAUCCGAGACUCUUACCAGUCACUUGCCGCCCCUCGGUGUCACUGUUUUGGCAGCCCCGUUUGGUGUGUUUGCUACCUGCCAGCCCAUCACCAUGACCGAGACGACAACCACAGAAGGUAGCCUUGGACAGUCGCCUGACACUCAAGUUCUGAGAAUACGGACAGAGAGAGAUGACGGCCCCUGGCGGACCAUCAGUUCAAAGCUUCUGCAGUCCCGUCAUAUCCCAUACUCCUUUGGUGGACCGCAGAAGUGGAUUGGCCUACAUCGCAUCCGCCGUAAGCUUUCCGAGCAGAGUGUCGACGGAAAGGGGACGCCCAUGGUUGGAAACGUUUCCAGUUUAUCCUGGCCUGCCAACCUUUGCUUCUGCAAAAUGUUCUCUAAGCUGGCUAUCAAUGCUGCGACGGAAAAUGUCCAACAGCCCCAGACAGAUCCAUGCUUUGACCCUCUCAAAAUUGCCAAAAAUUGGUUCUUGAAUGCAACUGAGCGAGACGAGGCUCUGGCGAGCAAGCAGAGGGAAAGGAAUGCUGCUGCGGCCGCUGCAGCCGCGGUGGCACACGAGAAUGCAGUCCCAGAUGGCCAGGCUCAGAUUGCAACGGGGCUAUCCCCUCUAGCCCUGCGCCGAUCUAGCCAUAACAACGGACCACCACCGAGCGGCAUGUACCCGACACCCCCAGACGCGGUCCAGGGCAUAGUAGGGGUGACUCCGUCCAUGGAUGGCAACAUGUCGAGCCCCGGGUACCAUGCGACUACUAUGGCGAUGGUCGAUGUUGGCAAUACAACGCUUGUGCCAGCAGAGCAGUAUGGCGAAAACUGGGAUAAUGCCGAAGUCAAACGAGAGCAUGCCGGCAGCUCGUUCGAAUCCGAGAAUCUCUUCGGUGAGCUAGGUCCCGAUAUGUUCGGAGACAAUGAUAUCACUGAGGCGGAUUUCAGUUUCUUUGACGAAGAUCCCGGUGGUCUAGAUCUGGGCUCGCUUAAUAUACCGGACAUGCCAACCGCAGGCACUAGUAUCUCCCUCGAGGCUGGCUUUGGUGUAGGACAAGACUCCCGCAUUAAACCCGAUCCCCACUUUAUGCCGUUAACAGGCGCUCCGGCUUCGCCGGUUUUCACGAAACCUGAACUCCGACAUGCCCGAAGCUCACUACCGGAUGAUGGCCGGCGGCAGACUGUGCCAGAGACGACACAAGCGGUGGGGUUGGGGGCGAAAAGACCUGCAAGUCCGUUCAACCCCGACACAGUCUACAAGAGAAUCCGAGCAUCUCUUGACAAUCACAGGGCAAUCCAGCAGAACUCGCAAAUAUACGCCUCUCAGCCAGGAAGCAUCUUUGACAAGGUUGAUUUCGGGCCAGGCUUGUCGAUGGUCAACAGCAAAUAUGAAGGGAGUGGGCGGUUUGAUUACUCCAUGGAUCGAUCCAAGGCAACCAAACCUUCCAAUCCGAACGCGCCACCGACGACGAAUUACCUCAAGCGUCAUGGAAAAGGCCAGAAGGGUCUCAAAGAGCUACCGAGUAUGGUCGGGGGACUGUUCAGCCGUGUAUAUGGCAAUCAAGACUCGGCCUCAAAUCGCCACAGCCCUCUGGCAUUCGACGAACCCCACUCGGAUGCUGACGAAGUAAGUCUCGUCUCUGACCAAGACGAUUCCACCUACGACAGUGAUGAGCCUAUGUCCCCCGUCAAGUCAUCAAGCAUGCGACGAUGUCGUGACAAUGAUGACGGUGAAUCCCUUGCCACGUCAUUUAGGGGACUUGAGACCAUGGAUAUGACAUUGCCUUAUUUGACCCUCGGCCUGCCCCGAUCUUCAAAGUCCGAGAUCGAACUACCACUCGUGAAGUACUUUGCGGAUCCAGAACCGCCCUGGAUUCAAUACUCUCUGCCUGAUGAUCAGCUCAUCAUGGUAGCACAGAUUCUCACCGACCAGUUCGCAGCUAGCACAUUUUCGGCAAGCAUAUCGGCUCAGAUGUUUCCCCAAUCCAAAGUAGACCGGCGGCGACAGCUGUCGAGUGUAGCUCGCCAUUCGAUGCAGGAACUCCGGGCAACUCUCCCUUCCUGCUUCGGUUCAGCCGUAGAGUGUCAGUUUCGGCCGUUCAUCGAAGUUCAGGAUGUACCUCUCCUCGGUCAGCCAACACGAAUGCAACCAAGGCCACCUGGUGUUGAUCAAAUGAGACCCAGUAAUCUCUUCCAGAUACCCUCACCCCACUUCGAGAUGCGACGAUACGAAUCGAGGCUGUCCGUACUGCCGUCAGCUGUGUCUUUCUGGGAAAGCCUGGGUCUUAGCCCUUCGCAGGGAAACAAGGAUAUCAAUGCUAUCUGCAUCUUCCCAGACUACGAGGGCAUGGCCGAUGAUAUGCUAGUGUUCACAGAUAGGAUGCGUAGCACCUAUGAGUCUUUGAAGCUAGGUUCGUUCAAUCGGCUGCCUACGACGACAACGUCAGACAAUGGCCUCUUCACGUUCGACGUCGAAAAAGACGUGGUGUCUUUUGGAAAGUCGGCUUCCUUCCUGGGCCCGUCACUCCAGAGUUGCGCUUCGAAAGUAUGCAAGGUAGUGUCAGCGAGUAUGGCUGAACACACGAACUUUGUCAUCUUCUUCGUCUAUUCGCCUGACGUUGCUGGCUCGAUCGUGGAGUGCUGCGCGGUCUUCAACGAAAUCUUUGAAGGCUACAAACGAUUCUUGGCUAACAGGAACCUGCCGCUCAUCAAUGAUUUAGCGCUGCAGCUAAUACCACAAGACUUCGUGGCCUCUUCGACCUCAGUUGCUAUGCCACCGCCGAUGGAAUUUGCCAGGCUAGCACUGGAAACAUAUGACAGAUGCAACCAAUCUGGCGGUGGUAUGCCAUCCCCAGCCAUCGUGCUCGAACAGCCUCCUCCACGUAUGAUUGACUUCAAACUAUCGGCGAAUCCCUCGGCAUCUCUUCUGUACGAGAACACGUGCCUUCACGUUGCCUACGCGCAAAGUAUAGACGACAGGUGGGUUACUGCUGCAUGGACGAACAAUCGAGGCAGCCAGCAAAUGACGGCCUCGUACUGCCUCGGGAGAAAGGGCAAAUCCAUCGUCACCCCACUGGCGGAUGUCGCGGCAGAGAUCUGGGCCACCACUCGUGAUCUCAUCUCAGCCUGGAAAGUCCACUGGCGCAUCAUAAUCGCAAAGUGCGGUGCCAUGGAUCCGCAUGAGAUCGAGCUCUGGUCCACCCUGGCGCAGUCGGAGUCGAAACCGUCGGUCAACUUGACACUCGUUGCCGUCGACACCGACCCCUCUUUGCAACUUGUACCGCCGAUUGCCAAGGUGCCCAACAAUGCUUCUGGUGUAUUCUAUACCACGCCGGUCUCGACACCUCAGAACUCGAUGGUCUCGCCAGAGCAUACCGGCAACCCGUCAACCCCAAUGCGAGACAACGCCGCCACCAGUACUCCAGGGGGGGACAAUAACGCAACAGACUCUGAUGCCGAUGCCACACUGACGGAUCUCACCGACCAAACAUGGGGCGCUGUACUCUCGCACCGAUUGAACAACUCGACGUCGCUGACGGAGCUCAAUCCGGCCCUUACCAGCGGGUACCUGGUCAAGCGCGGAGGAGCACGGAUCGACGACCCUCCCGUCGUCAUGGAGGUCAACAUCGUGCACAGCGAGGGCAACCCCCGGGCGUAUGAGGCGCUUCUGCGGGAAAUGCUUACAUAUUACAGGGGCCUGGGGACUCUAGCCCGGGCACGGGGUAUGGUGGAUAAGGAGGCAGAUGUCCGGCCGUGGCACGUCGCCGCGGCGGAGAAGGGCGUUAGGGCUUUGUAUAUGUUGAUGUGA